UACCUCUGAAACUUAUUUUCUCAAGUUUCUUACAAGUAAGAUUUCUAGAUAUAGAGUUGUCUUUCAGAUCAACAGCCUUCCUAGAAAGGUCAAGAAGAACAUAUCAGACAUACGAACAUUUGAUCAACCAGGUAUCCACCAUUUUGCUGACAGAAAAGGCAAAUGAGACGGGGAUAUGACUAUGUUGAUGGUGAUCAGUUUGCAACAGCAGUUGCAGCUUCUGCUUUUGCUAUACAUUCCCUUGAAGAAUACCAGAAAAAGCUAAGGAAGGGAUCUGAAAUCGCUUUGGGAAGUGUUAGGACCAGGAAAGAUGAGCGUUCUUUGCCAAUAGAAACAGCUUCCUCUGGGAGGCCAUUUGGCCAGGGUAAUAGGACUACAUCCUUUGCAAGGCCUGUACCUUUUGCGGAACAAAAGCAAAAGGGCAACUCAAAGAAAUACAGAAAUGCAGAAACCAAAGCAGAUGCUUGGGAGAAAGCUCAGAUGGCCAAAAUUAAGAAAAGGUAUGAAAGGAUGCAGUCUGAUAUUCUUGCUUGGGAGCAUGAAAAGAAAAUGCAAGAGAAACUUCAACUGGAAAAGAAAAAGAGUGAGCUGGAGCUCAGAAGGGAGAGAAACUUGCAAUAUUACAGAAGCAAGCUGGCCAGGAUAGAUCAUAAUGCUGGAGGAGCCAGAAAACAGAUAGAAGAGAAAAGGAAGUAUGAGGAAUCUGUUGUGAAAGAGAAAGCAAGAAAAAUAAGAUCCACAGGAAAUGCUCCACUCAGAUGCUUCUGCUUCUAAUCACAAGGAACGAAAUUUGGACAGUGCCUAACGCUAAAUCCAAAAAUGCACAUAAAUUUCCAUCUUAUGUGGAAUUUGUACUGAUGAUUACAUACUUCCUGGUCUUUGAACUUUUAUGUAUAUUGGCUUUCAAAUGUUUGCAGCAUCUGCUUGAACUUUAACUGCAAAUGAAGUUCUUCUUAGAAAGAUAUAAGAUGAGCCUAGAGACCCUAUCAGUAGAUAUA